AGUUCCGAGGCCUGUCCUCUAGAAGAACUUCGUUGCUGCAUGAGGCGACUGCAUCCUCGCAUGAGUCCACACCAUCUCACUCGCUAUUCUGCCGCGGAAGGAACAAGACACCGAGAAACAUUUAUCUAAACAUGAGGAAGUAUGAGGACACGUGGGUAGUGGACCGCACCAUGUUCGAAUACGUCAACCAGGUCGCUAUAUCUAUGAAUCUGUUUCACUUCUACGCUAUAUACUGAAGUAUCAACUGCAGGGAGGCUGCAGCUGCUGUGGCGUGACGCACACGAUCAUGAACUUGGCAGACUUUGCCAGCAAGUGCUCCGACUGGGAGACCGACGAUGAAAACAAGGAGCAAUUCUCGCCCUGGCCAAUGUUCAUUCAUGAAGAGAUUCUGACAGAGCGUGCUCGCCUGCGAAUGGCGAUGAAAGCCGACAUGAACAAGUACAAGGACUUUGUAGAAACCCACAUGAAGGGCUUUAUAGACUGGUGGUCCCGAUUGGGAGAGAACACUAAGGCGAGAAUUUUCCAGCUGCCGAGUGAAGAAGUGUUGAGUUACUUUCGUAUCCAGACGAAGGUGAAAGGAUCCUACGAGAUUUUGCUCUGUGCCAUUUUAGAGCAGAUCCGCCACUUUCAGGAGACUGGAUACACCGAUGGUCGAGUGGCAGCCGAGCUCUUCUUUGAGAAAAACCUCGUGCACCAGCGUGAUAGCUUUGUGCUUGACUCGCAGUACAUUGCGAAUGAAGCCGGCGACAAGAACUUCUUCGAGAUGCUGACGAUCCUCGGCGGACCCAAGCUACUUCCUGUCCGGACGGGUACGUUCAAAUGCGAGAAAUAAGCACCAAAACAUCCCGUUACCCAUCGUGUUGCCGAUAUAUUGCAGCACGUAACCCCAACGAAAAGAACGAAGCGGAGGCGGAGCAAGCGAAGAGCGAAAGUAACGUGCAGAGUUUCCGUUCGGAUCGACGCUUGGUUCGUCUGGUAAGAUCUCUCUCUUUGGAGCUCAUAAUCUGCAACUCACAUUUUUUUUUUCGAAUGCAGGUGAUGUUCCGUGUUUUCGCUGACAUGGCGAUACGGAAGUACACACGCGAAGUGGUGAAUGCUGAAUCGAAUAACAAAAUGGAUGUGUGAAGCCCAAACGUUCUGUUCAGAUGAAGAAAACACUCCAAGGACAAGCAAAAAAAAAACACUUGAUAACAGCAAAUGCGUACAAUUGAGUUAGAAGGAGCAUAGUGAUUCAACCUCUUACUCGGAUGUUUUGACAGUAACGCGAAGUCCAUCAAGGUCGCCACUCUAAUUAGCAGUGACAAUGACGCC